AUGGCGGAUUCCACGUCACCGUUCAACGUCUCGAUUCUCGAUAAUUCGACGGCGAAACUGAGCGAAAUGGUUGACUCUGGUUGGAACGUACUAGCGUCGACCAGUGUUCAAGCAUUCAAUGGAGCAAUGGACGUCUUAGAAGAGUCUUAUCCGCUAUGCAAAAAGAUGCUUGACCACAAUAAGUUAUUCCCUGAACGAGAUCCAAAUGAUACCCGUAUUUGGUGUAAUGCCACGUAUGAUACAGUACUCUGUUGGCCUCCAACGCCCGCGAAUUCGUCAGUAACACUGCAAUGUCCACAUAUGAAAGGAUUAGAUCCGAACAAAAACAUCACAAAGGACUGCCACGUGUCGGGAGUUUGGUCAGGACGAAAUGCUGGAGAAAUGGGACCGACACUGCCCGGAUGGACGAAUUUCACGAUGUGUUACACGGAUGAAGUCAUUUAUAUCAUGCAGAAUUUGAACAACGAAUCGUUGACGAUUGCACAAGAAGUUGCUCGAAAUGCACGAAAACUUGAAUUCGUUGGUCUUGGCUUAUCACUGGUCUCUCUUAUUUUGGCCAUAUCUAUCUUCUCUUAUUUUCGACGUCUCCGAGUAUUUCGAAAUUUACUGCACUUACAUUUAAUGAUCGCUAUGCUUAUGGUUGUGAUUAUCCGUCUGGUUCUCUAUAUUGAUCUGAUUUUUACCGGAGAUAUUGGUCCACAUACAAAUUCAGCAGAAGGAAAAACAAUAAAUACAAUGCCGAUAGUAUGCGAAGGAAUGUUUUUCUUCUUGGAAUAUUUCAAAACAGUUACUUUCUGUUGGAUGUUCUUGGAAGGAAUCUAUCUGAAUAAUCAAAUUGUUUUUGGUUUUUUCAACUCAGAGCCAAAACUUCUUCCAUAUUUCUUAGCAGGAUACGGAAUUCCAUUAAUUCACACAAUGCUUUGGCUAUUCGUUGUCCUAAUAAAAAAAGACUUCAAAGUCGAAAGAUGUUUGGGAUCGUAUUAUUUGGAACCAGAGUUUUGGAUUCUUGAUGGACCGAGAAUGGCUGAAUUGGUGAUAAACUUAUUCUUCAUUUGCAAUGUGAUUCGAGUACUCUAUAGUAAAGUUCGAGAAUCGAAUAACACAUCAGAAGCUGGACUGAAAAAGUCAGUGAAGGCUGCAAUGAUGUUAUUACCAUUGCUUGGAGUUCCGAAUAUCAUGCAGACUAUUCCGUUUGCACCUACUAGGGAUAAUAUUAUGGUGUUUGCUGUGUGGACAUACACUGCUUCAUUCACUUAUAUGUACCAAGGACUCAUGGUUGCUAGUAUAUACUGUUUUACGAACAAAGAGGUGAACCAUGUGCUGAAAGCAUUCUAUGCACGAUAUCGAUUGCUUCAUAAAUCUCAAAAUGAGUUGAGACGUGGAUCCAGGAGUGUUGCAUCGCAUUAUGCUGCUAAAAACGGAACGAGUAAUACGAAUGCUCAGCAGACAAAUAAUGCUGAUGAAACUGGAAAACUGUCUCCAUUCCCAUCACGAAGUAAAAAAGGGAGUGAUGAUUCAACAACAAAAUUGAUGAAAGACACUGUGAUGGAAGAAGAGAAGAAUGCAAACAACAAUGGAUAUGGAUCAGCUGGCGAAAUGACACCUCUUCGUGAAGGAUCAAAUCGCUCCACAAAGUCUCCGUGA